AGAGCCGCAUCGAAAUUUGGAAUGUUUUGAUUCUCACACGCGGUUGCUUCAGCGUAGAAUGCCUGUUGGCAGUAGUUGAAUUAACUAAUUUUAAUUGAAAUAAGAAGUUAUUAGGACUAAAUUUUAGUUUCGAAUAAAGGUGAAUAACUAAGGCACAAGCUCAACCAUGUCGGACACCAUCAAAGUGGGGGACUUCCUCGUGAUCAAGCGCCAAAAGUACACCAAGCUGCAAAAGUUCACCAGCCUGGACACGACCGUCCACCUGGGCAAGGAUCAGAUUGAGCUGCGCGCGCUCGAGAACCAACCGUACCACAGCACGUUCCAGCUGGUGCCGAAGGAGGGCCGCAACCGGCGGCUAUACUCGCUGGACCCGGUGACGGAGAUUCGCAACCUGAAGGAGCUGCUGAUCAAGGAGAGUGGAGUGGACAACCGGAACAUCGUGGACGAUCGGAGCACGCAGAACCUGUCCGCGGAGGAGAUUCAGAAGCUGCGCGAGGAGUGCGAGUCUUCGUCGGAGAUUGUGGGCAAGCUGGUGGAGAACUCGAAGAGUUUCGCGUCGAAGACGGAGUACUCGCAGGAAAAGUAUUUGAAGCGGAAGGAGAAGAAGUACUUUGAGUACGUGCAGAUUAAGCGGCCGUCGAUCCGGCUGAUUGCGGACAUUUACUGGCGGCUGGACGUGGACAAGGUGAUGGGCGUGCGGUUCGACACGCUGUCGCAGAUCAUUUCGUACAGCGGGGUGUGUUCGGUGGGGAACUUUUUGCUGUACGAGUCGGGCACGAACGGGUUGCUGCCUGCGGCGUUCCUGAACUCGAUUGGAGCGGGUUGUUCGGGGCGGGUCGUGCAUCUGCACCCGGGGAAUGUGGCGCAGAAGCAGGCGCUUCAGGCGAUGGACUUUCCGCAGGAACAGCUGGAGCGGUGUAUUUCGGUGAACAUUUACUCGGUUUUGAGGCACUUUCAUCAGAGCAAGCAGAAAGAGAGUGAGAAGGGUGUGGAAAACGGGAAGGAAGUGGUGAUUGCGGAAGGAGGAGAUGAGGAGAAUCACAAGAGAAAGAUCGAAUCGUCCGAGGAUGAUGGUCCAGAGGCGAAGCAACCCAAGCUGGAGGAAGUCGUGAAGAAGCCGCCGCAGCAGUGGGAACUGGACAACGCGGCCGCCUGCGAGCUGAUGGGAGAAAAGUUUGACGCGUUGGUCAUCGUGGCCAAGGAGCAUCCGCAGAACAUUAUCAAGGCGCUGUUGCCGUUCGUGAAACCGAGCCGACCUGUGGUGGUGUUUAGCACGACGCGGGAAAUCCUGACCGAGUGCUACAUGGAGCUGAAGGCGGCCGCCAACGUGACGUAUCUGCGCAUUACGUCCAACUGGAUGCGGCAGUACCAGAUUCUGCCGAACCGCACCCACCCGGACGUGACCAUGUCCGCCAAUAGUGGAUACUUGCUGACGGGUUACACCAUUCGAUAGUGUAUUUAGGUUGAGGACGUGAAAUAAAUUGAACUUAUUUUUGAAUUGAAA